UGUAUGCGGUCGCUCUAUUUGAAUGAAAACUAUAAAGAAAAGAAUUGUUCAUUCCAGUACUACCAUUCGGAAUGACUCGACGUACAUUUAUUCUCGGUGGUGUUGUACUCUACAUCAUCUGCUCAAACCUUCUACUGAUUGUCGAGUUGUCGGAAAUUGUCUCUCGAAAAAAACCAACACACCAAAGCAGUACUUAUAAAUUCGAAGGAACGGUUUUACAUUUAUCUGGAAAUGCCGUCGAUGGUAACACAAAUCAAGAACUGGGCAACAAUUCAUGUACGUACCAGGCCGUAGGACGCAAAGAAGUAUGGUGGAGAGUGGACCUAGAGAGAGAAGUCACCAUAGACAAGGUGGAAAUAUAUUACAGAGAUGAAGGUUACCAAUGGACUGGAUGGAAAAAUCGAUUCGCCGGCUACGAGGUGUACCUUUCAAAUACAACCGAUAGACUUACAGGAGAGCGAUGUUUCAUUGAUGAAUCAGAGAGUGUCGACCAAAUUAUAAGUCAUGUUAACCACCCAGAAUGUAAUGGAACAGCGCAGUAUGUGACUAUAUACAACCACAGAGAAUCACCUAAGAGGCACGAUUGGUACUUCAAAGACGCCCUCCUAGAACUGUGUGAAGUACAGGUGUAUGGAUGUGAAGCUGGGAAAUACGGAAAUAGAAAUUGUGACGAAACCUGUUCCUCGAACUGUCCAGGCAGUGUGUGUCAUCCAAGCUCAGGAAAUUGUCUAUACUGCGGGGACAACACAUAUACCAGACCAUCGGAAACAUCAUGCCGGCCUUGUCCAGAAUCUUGUGCUGGCCCAUGUGAUACUUACGGAAACUGUAAUGCAUGUCCAGAUGGUUUCUACGGUUUUCAAUGCGAAAACACAUGCUCGUCUACCUGUAGCAGUAACGUUUGUGAGAAGGCAAAUGGUGAUUGUAAAGCAUGUCAAGAUGGCUUCUGGGGCAUUCGAUGCAUAUAUGAUUGUUCAGAUACCUGUGAAAGUGGCGUAUGUGAGAAGACACUAGGCCAUUGUACUGCGGACAAACAGUCAGGGGUUGAAGCCAUCAUUGUAGGCGCAUCCGCCGGAGCUGGAGUCGGGAUUGCUGUCGUCCUUUUUGUUUUUAUCGUGAUUUUCAAAAGAAGAUCGACCACACUGAGGGAAAUGACAACAGCACCAUCCGUGAAAUACGAAAAGCCAAUCCCUAGAGGCAACUCAAAAAAUAAUUCAGACGAAACUGAAGAACAUAUCUAUCUCGAAAUUGAAAAUGUAGACAUACAGGACACGUCAAAUGAUCACGAAAAUGUAUACUAUAACGAAGGAUCAAUGGGCUAUCCAGUCCGUCAGCUGAAAACGAUGAUCGCUCAGAAAAUGGCAGACGAUGCAAAGCAGUUUGUAUCCGAAUUUAAAACAUUCCCUCUCGGAGCAACUCAUCCUCAUACGAAUUCAGAAAAGAAUAAGUCUAAAAAUAGAUACAAGUCUAUACAUCCAUAUGACCAUUCAAGGGUAAUCCUUGACACACUCCCCGGAGAAAAUGGUUCGGACUACAUUAAUGCCGACUACAUCGAUAAUGUUGAAGCAAAGAAGUUCUAUGUUGCAACCCAAGGACCACUCCCAAAUACCACUGAUGACUUUUGGAGAAUGGUCUGGUUUCUGAACUCUGGAAAGAUAGUGAUGCUUGAAAAUUUGGUAGAAAAUCGAAAGGUCAAAUGUGCCAAAUACUGGCCUGACGAAGGAGAUCCAAUGUUAACCAAGACAUUUGAUAUUUCGCAAAACGGGGAACACGUUUAUGCCUCCCAUGUUGUCAGGAACAUCACUGUUGUCGAUCGAAAGACAAAGAUAAAGCGAGAGAUUCAGCAGUUUCAUUUUACAAUCUGGACGGAUCAUGAUACCCCAAACACGUUAGAUCUUGUUCUGUUUCAUCGUCGCGUGAAGCUUCACAAAACUGUUCUUCCUGGACAGAUGGUUAUUCACUGCAGUGCUGGUGCUGGAAGAACAGGAAUAUUCAUCGCUCUUGACGCCCUGUUGGAGUUCGGUAAAAAACAUAACCGCAUCGACAUCCGGCAUUUCAUACAUACGAUGGGCAAAGACAGAAUGAACAUGGUUCAAACAGCGGAUCAAUAUGUGGCUCUUCAUGAAAUGCUUGCGGAGGCUUUUGAUCUUCAAGAUUCACUUAUACCGAAAUCGAUGUUCGCUGCCAAGUACCAUACUCUCUCUACCACCAGACACGCAGCUCAAAACCAGACCCAGCUGAGUGAUGAGUUCAAAUUGAUGUGGGACCAAAAGCCUGAUUACAAAGUAGAAAAGGACUUUCAAGCUUCUUUACUUCCCGAAAACAGAACAAAAAACAGAGCAAUGCGAAUAUUGGCAGUGGACAGAUUUAGAGCCUGCCUGAAGUCGUACGCUUCAAAUAGCAAUGAUUAUAUCAAUGCUGUCAAAACACAGUCCUACACUGGCCAGCAAGGAUACAUAGUCACUCAGUUUCCCCUGACGGACACAAGAGCAGACUUUUGGACCCUAGUGAUGGACUACAAAUCUGAUACUGUCGUCAUACUAGGAGACCCCAGACAGGCAAGCUUAAACCUUGUAUAUUACGUAUAAAUCAAAUCAGAAAUAAGAAGAAAUUUAAGUAACUAAACUCGUAUAUAUUUAUUAUAUUAUAUUUCCAGAGAAAUGACUCGCCUUACUUAAACAUAGAAUUCCAAAUAAUUGUCGUAAGAAGAAUAUGUCAGUGAUGUCUUACUCAAAAUGCAAUGAGUGUUCGUUUCGUUUUGGAUCAGUAUUUCUAUAUAGCGCCAUACCACUUGAAUAUUACAUCAUAUCAUAAAGGCUUGUUUUGAACACAAACAGGAAUUUAAAAAAAAUAUCCUGUUUGUGUUCAAAACAAACUUUUUUUUUUUUAUUCAUAUCAAACUGGUGAAUUUUAUUCCGAAUACAUCAUUUCAAACCUGUUUACCCCUAUCCAAACUCAACUACAAUCCAUUCUGUGUUAGUAUACAGUUAGCGUAACGGGCUUCUGUGAAGGGCAUCACUACACUCUGCUGCCUGCGGGGUUCGAACCUACGGUCUUCCAGUCAUUGGCUGAUGCACUACCAACAGUGUUGUUUAUUCCCUUGUUUCAUCUUUUGUAUUAUUUUGUUUCCAAAAUUAUGUUUUGUCAAUAAUAUACUUCACAUGAGGUUUUGUUUGUAGAGGAAACUAUUCGAAACGGAUUUUAUGUGGGACGAAUAGUUAUAAAAAUGAGAAAUAGUAAUGAUUAAUGUAGCAUGUCCUAUUUGUAUCACUCGUUUAGCAGGUGCACUGCAUGUUAAGCGUUGGUGUGCGACAAUUUUUUCCAUAUCUGCA